AUGACCGGUCUCUACCAGCAAUCUGGCGAUGUUACUCAGUCCUCUGGCUCAUUUUUGGCUUCUGCGCCCGUAGAGCUACUAACCAUUAAGGGCUACGAUGAUUUCCUGGCCAAGCAAAAGAAGCUAAACAUCGACGUUACAACCGUUGUGAGUGAAGAUAAGAGCUGUGCAUACGUGAUGAGAGACAGUGAUGUGGUGGCCACGGUCGGAGAAGAAGCGUUGGAGAAUCUGCUAUCGCAAAUCAACGCUUGA